GCCGGUUUUCCCCGCCCCGGCGGCUCUCCUGCUGCUGAUAUGGCGUCAAUUUUCGUCCUCCUCGUGGUGUGCGCCCUCAGUGCCCUUCUGCCCCUCCCGCCGCUGUGUGUCAACGCUCAGGCCCCAGGGCUCGACGCCAGAUGGAAAGGGAAGUACGAGGUGGUUGACGAGCACGGCAGGUGCGGCUCGCCGAGCGGGACGGAGGCUGAGUUCACUGGGAGGGGCUUCGCCAUCAACACCUGUCUGAGCGCCUGUGAAGCCAACCCUGAUUGCGGCGGCAUCUAGUAGGCAGCAGGGGGGGGAGAGAGGGAGGUGGUAUGAGGACCGAAAACGUGGUGGUUUGUUCUGUCGUGUCGGCUUCAGUUUUCCUGACGUUGAAGCCGAUGGCGGUGGGUCAAUAACGAGACAAAGCCUCCGCGAAUUGCACUGUCUGUCUGUCUGUCUGCCGUGUGUGCUGCCCUCUUUCGUUCGAUCGGUGCAGGUCCCCUCAUUCAGAGCGAGUGCGGUUUGUACAUGGACGAGCAGCCGGUGGUCAUCGGCGACGUCAUCUGCAAAAGCUACGACAAAAAGACAGGCCACUUCACCUGGGUCAGCUUCGGCGACUGCCGAAAGGACAAGGGCGUGCCGCCGUUGUGUAAGCCUGCCUGCCUGUCUGCCCUUCCCUUCCCCCACACACAACAAUGACGGCUUUCUCUUUGUUUGACCUUGUGUGUUGCAGCGUCUGUGGAGCUUGACCUUGCUUCGCUCAAGAUCAAUACUGAGCCGACGUGUCAGCAUACGUGUCGGGGGAACCCCGAGUGUGUGGGGAUAGAGUACGACCCGCACAACCCCGUUUCGCAGUGUGAGGUCAUCACCGACGGGCCCAUCACACGUGCCUUCCUCGCGAGAUGCUACAAGAAGGUCGACUUUCCUCCUUCAUGACCCAUUCAUUGGUGUGGUGUGGUGGGGUGUGUUGGGGUGGGGGAUGUGGGCAUUUGUUUGCCACGAAUGCGGCCAGGCUUUUGGUGAAUCAAGACGUGAUCCACGUGAUCCAUUAACAAACACAGCACUGACUGCACUGUGAUUCAUGUUGGUUGGAGAAAGAGAGAGUGGAUGGAUGGAUGGAUGGGUGGGCGGAUGGAUGGAUGGUGUGCUCCCAAAUGUCUAUCUAUUUCAUGCCCGUCUGUCUACAGGCUCUGGUGUGCGUGUCAUGAAGGGACGGACGAGUGAAGGCGAGUAGGUUGGCAUGGCUUGGCUGGCGUGAUUGUGAAAAAAAGGUGUGAACAUUCGUGUGGCAGGUUAGGUGUGACACAAGAGAGAGGCUGUUUUUUCUGCGACAGGUUGGUAGAUAGAUGCCGUCUCAAGCAGGGCGCGCUUGCGUUGCGUACACACGUGCGUAGGCGUAUCUGCUGCGUCUUGUUUCACACCGGUUCCUCCAUCUGGCUGCUUGUGCGUGUCCCCCCCC